UUAUCAAUGAUUGUCUGUUAUAUUUCAUAACUACUAUCGCGCUAAUUUCAUGCGUUGUCUUUUUGCUUUAUCUACUAAUCGUUAAUUUGUUUCAAAUUUCCAUGAUUUCAUAUAACGCUAUUUCAUUUAUCGAUUAAAACGAUUCAUCAGCGUCAACAAUAAAUGGGUUAAAAGCUUACAAGUCACAUUCAUGACAUCGCUCCUAUGAGCAUGACCUCAUGUCGUGACAUUUUCAUGCACGUAACCUUCGCAGUGUGAGUAAGUACUCGAUACUGUGCAUUGUCAUAUUUAACUUCAUAUAAACGUACACUCGUGUGUAAACGUAGGCUUCCUUCGGCUAAGAACGAUUGCAAGGCGAGAAAUUUCCCUUUAUUGGGGAGUCUACCAUACCUGUCAGUGUACAUUAUGUUCGUGCGAGUAAAUCUCAUUUUAUUAUUUGGUUAAAUAAUUUUACAAAUUGGCAAGAAAUGUAUUAUACAUUUAAAUUUCAAUUGAUCCGAUAGAAAACAGAAACAAAUGUUCAACUUGUUAUCAUUAAAUAAUUUUUGUAUAGAUUAUUACGUAAAUAUGGAUAGAAUAUUAUAAUUCGAAAGUAUAUGUUAUUAUAAGGAGUAUUGUGUAGCUAUGUAUAUUAUUGAGUAUAAAAAAUAAAUCACGUGAGUUCUUUUAAAGACUUGAAGACUUUUUAUGCACGUGUGUGAACUCGUCAGGCAAAUUUUUUUCCUUUCUCGUGAAUGGUAAAAAAACCGUGGAUAACAUUCUCAAUCAGCAGACUGGAUCGAAUAAGUUUUUAUCAGAAGUUUAGAUCUAAAAUUCAAAGUGAAAGCUAACGGAAAUUAGUUUUCGAUAAAAGAAUUUUUUCUAAUUUAUACCGGAUACUAGUUAAUCUAGUUUAAUUUAUGAUUAAGCGCACGUCAAUGUUUCUCCAAACUUUCAGUAUAUAAUUGUAAUUACGAAGUCGAUUGAAUAUUAGUUCUAUGACAUUUCAAAUAUGUUUUAUGAGCAUCGAAACGAAUAUAACAUGCGCGCUGCACUGAUCGUGAUGAACUAUAAUAUCGAUAUGGUAACGACUCUGUGCGAUUUUUAUUUCUACGAAAGGUGCGAUCAUGAAAAAAAGAUGGCGCUAUCGAUCAAACGAGGCCAGUCGUCAUUUCGUAUCUAUUCAGCGUACUUCCUAUCCAUCAUGUUUAUGGUUCUCCGGUGCUGCCAUGUACAUCGCUCGGCGAUGUAUGUAGAUAUUGCGCUUGUGAAACGGCGCGAAACCGGUGCCCCUCGUAUUUUUAGAAUUAUUAACAACCUGCAGAGUAACGAUCACGUAUUGAAUGUCAGACGAAGUUGUUUGUGAUAGAUAUGCCUCGUAGACGGCGCCAGUCUUCUUCGUCGGUAAUAACGAAACGUCCGGUACUCGUCAUCGCGGUCUUUCAGAUCGCGCGCCUUUUCACAAUCAACCGCGUAAAAUCGUCGAUCGUCGAAUAAUAAAUAGCCGGUGAAAAGUUCGUUGAAUGCAGACAGCAAGUGGUGGACAUCCAAGGACAUCGAUAAUAUGGAGUACUUGACGAGAACGAAGACAUGCUCCUAGAUUUCUAUAGGUCCAUUUUCCUAUGCCGGAUCUCCCUACAUUCCAGCCUCCUACGUCCUAGGACUUCCUCAGGUAUCAGAAGAAAAGCCAUAACCUAACCGCAACUCAAGACAAUGGUCUCUCGACGUCAGGCUUUCGACGUUGCGUCGAUCGAAAAAAUGACGAUCGUGCACGGGCUCGUCAAAUUACAAACGAGAUUUUACUUGCUUCAUCAUCGCACAAUUGUGCCGUGCAGAAACGUACGAGCUUGUACGCGCAUAAUACCGCGAGAAUGGCGCCAACAUUCCCAUCUGUCGACGCGUGUGCGCCGUAAAAUGUUGGAUCGCGACGUGGCCGUUUGCCGAUAACGGGUCGGAGCCUGUUGCGUGGGUGGUGUGCUACAUAAGGAAUAUAAGGUAAAAUCCUAGCUGCUGGUACAAGAAUGCCGUAUAAUUCAGCUAUUAAUUGACGCCUGAUUGCUACUCAUGCAAAUUCGAUUAAUGGAAGCGGUCGUCGUUCAGGCGACAAGAAAUAUGUGCUUUCCGAGUGGCGCAGAAUUGCCUUUGACAUUUUGCUGCCUCCACGAUGAAAAUCGGGCUUUUCUUCGCCUUCUCCCGCUGUUAAUUGGCAUCUAAAUGACGAACAACCGUUAUUUAUACACUGAACAUUCAUUAAGAUCGAAGCACUACUAUUGCGGAUGCAGAAUGCUAUCCUUACUAACCCAUGGAAUAUUCGAACAGUUGGACAGCAACAGGUAUACCAUAACAGAGAAAUGCGGUAGAAGAAACAAGUUAACUUUGAAACAUCAGCUCUUCCUCAAGGUGAAGGCGGAUUACGAUGCAAUUUACUUCGAAGAAAUCGAAGACAUAGAAGUUCGGAUCGCAGAAGAACCUAAAGAUGUCUACCAGCAAGAUUUUGAUCGAGCACAAUAUAAAGAUCCCGCAGAUAGAAAUCGUGAGAGGAUAUCAGGACGCACAAAGAGGCUGGAAAAAAUGAUUUAUUUCAAUUCUCUAUCACUGUUGUCCGGUCUGGUCGUGUGUCCAAUUGUGGCGCGAGACCACACGCACAAUGAAACAAGAAGAAACUCAAUUACUUCGAGGAAUUAUCGGAGCCCUCCUUUUGUGGCGCACGGCUUUACGAUCGGAUUCUGACGCUGCAUUUUGCGUUU